AUGCUUCCAUCAAGACAGAACAAGGUUGACCUAGACAAAUUAACCGAAGAAGAAAGAAAGCUUUUUCGCAUGUAUGGCAGGUUACCAACGGGCAAAGAUAUUUUGAAUAACAAAUUGAAGGAACGCAAGUACUUUGACUCUGGUGACUAUGCUCUCUCAAAAGCCGGAAAGACAUCUAGUCCGGUUGGUGUUCAACACCCAUCUCCUGAUACCAUCCCUCAUGCGAAUGCCAUCGCAGCUACUACUCACAAUUCAUCACCCGUGAAAGAAAGUUCUCUGGUACAUGAGGCCGAAAUUGAAGAGAAGGGUGGCGAUCUGAAUACGGAAAAUAACCCAAGUAACGACGAAAAUUCCUCGGGCAAAAAAAUGACGACACCAACACAAGGUGAACAAGAGCAAUCGACCGAUAGUACUGCUAAAACUACCGAUGAUAGUUCGUGA